UAGUUUGGUGUACACAAUAAAACGGUUUACAAUAAGGCGUAAUUUCAAAACUAUUUUUCAUUUUUGCACAUUUUUAUAUGGGAUGGGAGUGGAGGGAAAUGUAUAAUGUCAUACCGUUAUUUGAGCCUUAGCAUUUUAAAUAAAAUACAAAAUAGUAUACGUUGCUAUAGGAAUAAUAUAAAUAGUAUCUACCUUAAAAAAAAACAAUCAUAUUUCGAAUAUAAAACGUCAUUAGCUGGAUAAUUGAACGAAAUUUAACUGGUAUAGGUACCUAACACUUACACCCCAAAAAAUAUAACGAACAUAACGAUGGGACAAAACGAUGAGAACACACAGUGCAAGUCGGUCCGAUGCUGUUGCAAACUGAUAUCGAAAUGUGAUGAAAAACCAGCCGCCGCGGUGGUGGCAACGAAACCGCGAAAUAAUGGUAGCUGCGGGCGCGCGGAACGCCCUAAACAAAUGAGUCUAUGCGAUUUCUUGAAAUCGCAGCCGAUCCCGGAAUGGAUCAAAGUCAACGAUGUGCGUCCGCAACAGCACCAAAACCAGCAGCGUACAAUGCAAUCCUGUACGCCCGACAAGCCGAAAGGAAGUUCCGCCGUGGAAGAUGUGGUAUCCUCGCAGAUUAUCAUCAACUUCGGGACGGUCGUAACCAACGGAGGGUGCAAGCGAGACUCAUGUCAGCAGACCGAUCCAGAAGUGCAGCAACGAGUAUGUCCGACCACCGUCAGUCCACCAGCUAAACGUUCGACGUCCAAAAUAGUUCCUGCACCGGCUAAUAAGCCGACCACCACCUGCAGUCCACCGGCUAAUCGGCCGAUCCCAACCUGUCCACCGACUGAUAAGCCGACCACCACCUGCAGUCCACCAGCUAAUCGGCCGAUCCCCACCUCUCCACCAACUGAUAAGCCGACCACCACCAGUGCACCGGCUAAAGUGGCGACCUGCCCACCGACUUGUCCACCGACCUGUCCAUCAACUGAUCCUCCAGGCUCUUUGUGCCCUGCACUCCUUCCAGCCUCUUUAUUCUGCCCCGCAAAAGAACCUCCGUCCCGUGGCCGUUGCAGUCAGGAAAAAUCGCCAUGUGCCAGCUCGAGUUCACCACCGAAAGCCCGUCCCGAAAGCGGAGUCAAAAAGGUUAAGUGUGGUUGCACCUGCCACUCGGACGCAUAGACAACUAUACAAAUGGAAAACACAUUACGGCAACCAGUGUCGGCUCAGGAAAAAAUAAUCACCAUUCUGACGAAUCCACAGUAGUAAUUCGCUGGUCGUCAACAAAUGAAGAACAUAACACUCUAUAAUCAAAGCUAUAUUAUAUUCGAUUUUAUAAUACACAUAACGGUAGUACAUUUAU